GGCCUUAGUUUAAGUCGAUAUCACACAAAUAAUCUCAAUAUGGCUAAUUUUGGUGGACCCAAUGACUUUUACACCGGUGGAGAUAAUUCCUAUAAUUUUGAUAUGCCGGAGUUCGAACAAGAAUUAAAUUUUCAGAAUUUUGAAAAUACUCCAACAAACGUGCCACCCAAUUAUGAUAUGAAUUACCCAAACACCAACAACAGUGGCAUGAGUUCAUUUUAUGACCCCACUGCCUAUGCUCCAAAUCCAUAUGAUCAAAAUGAUAAAGGCGGCUAUAAGGCUGGUGGUGUCGGUGGCAAUACCGGAAAUGAAUUUGAAGAUGAACCACCAUUAUUGGAAGAGUUGGGUAUUAAUCCUAAUCAUAUUUUCCAAAAGACCUUGGCUGUUUUGAAUCCUAUGCGUGGAGCCGAUCAACAAAUACUCCAAGACACCGAUAUGGCUGGUCCAUUGGUCUUCUGUUUGGCAUUAGGUGGAUUUUUACUUUUGAGCGGCAAGGUGACAUUCUCUUAUAUUUAUGGUAUUGGAGUUAUGGGUAGCAUUGCAUUCUAUUGUUUACUCAGCCUUAUGGCAUCACAAGCAAAUGUUACAUUUGGUGCUGUUGUCUCGGUUUUGGGUUAUUGUUUAUUACCCAUGGUGGUGUUAUCUGGGGUUAAUGUUUUGAUAACAAUACAGGGAACACUCGGAUUAAUUGUUGCUGGUGUAUGCAUAUUUUGGUGUUCUUUGUCAGCAUCCAAGCUGUUUGUAACGGCAUAUUCAAUGGAUCACCAACAGGUUUUGAUUGCCUAUCCAUGUGCCCUACUGUAUGGAGUCUUUGCUUUAAUUACAAUUUUCUAAAUCAA